AUGGAACGUCGCAAAUAUCGUAUCAGCAAGAUAUCUCUGGAUGACAGGAAGUCCUUCUGGCAGCCCGACGAAGGGUCCACGCUCAACGAGAUACUACAACAAGAGCGUCAUGCAUGGCUAACAGCAUCUUCGGAGCAGCCUCGAGAGGAAGGGACAGCCGCACAGAAGCUACGUUCGCCUACCUCACCAAGUUAUGGGCUUGAACCUCGUGAAGAGAUGGAGUGGGAGAAUACUCCUAGCAAGCAACGCAAUACAUCAGACACCACAAUAUUACCUAUGAUGGAUCCAGAAGACUACUCUUCGUCUCGCCAGCAACCCAAGACACCACGAAUGAUCAUCCGGAAAUCGUUCUUUAAAGAGGGUAGCAUGAAUGAGGGAUCGAGAGCUACAGCAUCUACCUGGGAUGAGCCGCCACUCCUUUCGCGACAGACGUCCUCCAAUCCUCUUGAUACUUCGAGCCUAUUAGACGAGUCGACGCCAAGAACAGCAGCUAGUGGAAGACCUAGCAUAAGCUCGUCGAUCGAUGUCAACGAAUUCAAACCUCUGCCCGUGCCACCAUCUACCCUCAAGAAGACUAUCAAACGCUUUGGUCAGAAGCUGAAGCACUCCCACUCGGAUGUCGAUCAGGCGACAGUUAGAAACACCACACAUGCUGCAAAAUCACCAAGGAAAGGUCUUCGCAAAUCUGUGUCAUCAUGGAAGAUCUUCAAUAACCCUGAGUCGGAAUACGAUGAUACACCGGUCAAGGAGGAAGAAGAAUCAAGAAGGUCCAAGAACAAUCACAUAGCGAAGACUCUGCGCUUCCACAAUCGCGACAAGGUUCAGAAGAAGCAACAUGAUCAGCAGCAGAAAUCGGUAUUGGAUGAUCGUAAGCGAAAGGCAGAAAUUGCAUAUGCAGAACAGUUUGGUACUGCCCGCAACAAGCAAGAGAACGAUGAAGCUAGACAAGAAACGCAAUUCUACAUUUACGAAUCAGCCACUGUGCGUCGUCAAGAUCCAUCCUCCAAUCAAUCCUCCCAGAAGUCGUCCGCAGCGCAACAGGCUCAGGAAAGACGAGAAUUGCUAGCUCAACAGACAGUUGAAGCUUUAAUGUCUACCAUGGCACCCUCUUCAAAUGUCCCUGACGCAUCUUCGAGACAUAGUCGCAGCACGUCUGUAGAUUCGGUCGGAAGCUUUGAAAGUGACGCCGAUCGCACCAAGCGCACAUCACGAAGCAAGCUUGAGAAAGAAAACCAACAGCUGCGAGCGAUGUUACGGAAUCAAGAACGAAAUCACCUACAAAGAAGUCGCAGCCACUCGCGAGACAGGUCUACAACCUCAAACUGGCAGAUACACACAGACGAGAAAGAAAAGGACACUCCAGCACUAGCUUCCACGAAAGUCCACAACACCCGCCAGCAUUCGUCGCAGUCUGCAGCCCCCUCUACAGUGCGUGCUAUCGCUGGAGAGUCCUCCCCCGUACCACCAAUUCCACCUUUACCAAUUAGAUCAGAUUCUCGACGAAAGUUAUUACCAACUGAUGGAAACCAGUCCCGAACCCCAGAACCUGCGAAAAUCAAACGGUACACUCAAAGUCGCCGGAACAGCAGAGCUAUCGAGCUUCCUAGACCACUGUCGAUAGUAAUUGAAGGAGCCGAAAGCGAAGGUGAAGGACAAGAUAGUACAGCAGCCUGCAAAAGUACCAAAACUCGUACGCCUGUAGGAGGAUCACCACAAAAGUCAAGACAGUCUUACGACGGAGCUGACGAUAGCAAAGAGAAUGAUGUGCAUGCGCAGGCCACGAGCGAAAAGGAGAAAUGGGAUUGGCCGGAAGAUGUCUUUUGA